AUGAAUCAGGACAUUAUUCCAGUUGAAUACCAGGUGUUCUACGUAGUUAUUCCGACCAUUAGCAUUGUUGGAAACGCGCUUAUCAUUUACGUCACCAUACGCUCAAAGAUGGUCGUCUGCGUUAUCACCGCACCAAUGACGGGCACCGUGUAUGAUGUGUUCAUGGAUUCCGUGAUAGUUUUCAACAUAAUGACUAUCACAUGUUAUAUUCUGUUUGUUUUUUUUCUGAAGAAACUUAGAAUGAGUAGCACAAAUGCGAAGCAGAUCUAUCGCUCGCUGAUUGUCAUCAGUUUAACAACGGUGUUUGGUUGGCUCAGCACGAUGCUGAUCAUUUCUAUCGCCGAUAUUCUUCAUAUUGAAAUUGAGCGAAUAUAUGUUAACCUACUGGCUGGACUCUUCGUUAAUUUUUCAUGCGCGGCAACUUUCUUCGUCUAUUAUGUGAUGAGUACAGACGGAGAUUUCGUGAAAUCGGAGGACCUUGACGCAACACGAGCCUCGACAGCAAACCCCGGACACGGGCUUCUUGCAGCUGACCCACUUAAAUGUGAAGCGGACAUCCGGGCAGAUUGA